AUGGCAUCUCCAGGUUUUGCAUUCAUCCCCCGAAAUAUUUCCAAAGGUGGGAAACACCAAGGCACUUCUACUCACGGACUCUCCUCACAUAAAUCGGAAUCGACACCUGCCAUCGACAGGGAAUCAGCGUACCCAGGACCGUCCGUGAGCGACAAAGGAAAAUGGAAAGUGUCUGAACCGUCGGCAAAACCAGUCUACAACGAGAAAAAUAUAUCUAUUCUUGUCGUUCUCGCGUUUUCGGACUAUGCUCUUUGGCUUGACUCAGAUCUGAGGAGGAAAACCGAAGAGUCUCUUCAGAGCGAGGAGUAUGAUGCUGGAUUUUUACCUCUCAGCUACUUGAUGCGUCGCGCUUUUGGUAGAGAGAACUUGGGUCAAGAAUAUAUGCCGACUGAAGCAAACACGGUAAAAGCAAUUCGGACCUACGCUGGCGAUGUGCUUGAGGUUAGAAUGCUUGUAUCUGCUCCAUCUGCAGAGAGGAGCUCGAUUGGCGGUUAUGAAGUACGGAGGAAGGAUUGGUCAACAUUAUUGGAUAACACAACUCGUGAAUUCACUCGGGGUCAAUGGGAUGAUCAUACUAUUUACAUGGAAAAUAUACCUGCACAAUAUCACACAAUACCUGGCAUCAUUCGAUUUGCGCAAGGGUUACUGUCUCGAUGUCCAGGAUCAUCGGCCCCGAUUCCAAUCCAAAAUGUCACACUUCCCUCACACCACUUAGAUAAAAUCGAGGACCGUCCAAAAUGUAAAGGCUUCGCACUAGUUACUCUAUGUAACGCAGAGUUAUGUCAGAUUUUUCUUGAAUCAUGGCCUUGGACGCGGCCAUUCCAACCUGCCGAAUCAGACGACUCUAGUCUCGCUGAAGAUAACUUGGAGACCAAAGAAGCCUCGAAGUUCGGGUUUCGCACUCUACCAAAAGCGUGCUGGGAUAGAUUGAACGAGGAGUAUCUCGCUUACCGCCAGAAAUUGAUCAACGAGUUAGCGGAUGCCAACGAACCCCCACACAUCUCACCUGACCCCGAUGUACAGGACGUCGCUGAUGGCGUUUUGGAAGACACCCCUCCCCCGCCUAGGAACGUAACAACUAUGUACUCACCGUACCCCUUCGGCUGUCUUGUCUUUGCCCGAAAUCUGCAUCUCGAAACAAAUAAGACCACCCUUCGAGCGCUAUUCGCUACUGCAUUCGGGUCGUCCCCUGUAAACCCCGCUGGGAUCGACUACGUCGAUUUCAACAAAGGAAUGGACUCUUGCUAUCUUCGGCUUGCCUCGCCUGAGCAUGGACGUAUUUUAGUCGAUCACUUCUCUGGCCAGCCUGUGGUACAGUCUCACGGCCUUGACGACAUAGGCAAGACUCCUGGAACGUCCCAAAAGGCCAUCUCAACGGAAAUCAUCGAAGGGAAAAAGGAGGAAGUUUAUUGGGAGAAAGUUCCAGAGAAAGUCAGACGACAGGCUGUGGAGAAAGUAAUGAAGGCUCUCAAUGGCAAACAACCAUCGGCUCCCGUGCACACUGCAUACGAGCACUCCGAGGAAAGCAGGCCGCGGAAAAAGAGAAAUCGCGGCUAA